UUUUAAGCCCAAAAAUUUAUAACAAUUUCCACCCAAAAUCCCUAAUGGACUCUAGCUUUACCCAAAUCGUCCACGAACGCCUCUCAAAAUCCUUCCGCACCUCCAAACGCCACAUAGAAAAACAGAUAAUUUCCCAAGUAAACCUAACCAAAAACCUCAAAGAUUUCAGCCACAUAAAAACCACCGUACACACAAUCAAACAGAAUGUUCUAAAACUAAGAGAUGAAUAUAAAGCUAUGAGUGACAGAGAAGACCAGUUGCUCAGAAAUUUAGAAACUAGGCUGGAGUAUUUGGGGCAUGUGCAGAGUCACUGGGAGGAUAAGAUUGUGCAGAAUGAGUAUUAUGAGAAGAUGAUAUGGAGGCUGAUAGUUGAGUAUAUGAUGAGAGAGGGGUAUGUACAGAGUGCGAAGAUACUUAUUGAUGAGGUGGGACUUGAGGAGUUUAGUGAUUUUGAGUUUUAUAUGGAGAUAAAUGCGAUUGUAGAGGCGCUUAGGAGGAAGAAGUGUCAGGAAGCGAUAGAAUGGUGCUCGUUGUAUAAGUCUAAGCUUAGUAGUUCCCUUGAGUUUGAGUUGAGGAUGCAAGAGUUUAUUGAGCUGGUGAAAAUUGACUCUUUGAAAGCAGUAGAAUACGCAAGAGAUAACUUUAGUGGUAUUGGUAAGGACAAUCUUCCCAAGCUACAAAGAAUUAUGGGAAUGCUUUCUCAUCCAACUGAGAAUUUGAUGAAAAUUCCAAGAUACAUGGAGCUUUUUAGUGAUGAAAAAUGGGAGUCUUUAGUUGAUAUGUUUAUUGAAGAGAGCUGAAAGAUUUACUCCCUUACUAAGACACCAAUGCUGAUGAAAUGCAUGAGCAUUGGAUGAUGAUUGUUAAAGACAAUAUUUUGCUCAGACGAUGAAUUCUUCAAUGAAAGUUGCCCGACAUGUAGUCUUUCUUUCAGAAAAAUUUGCAGUGAGGUUCCAUUUGUUCAGAAGUCUCAUACAUCACUCAUAUGAAGAAUUUCUGGGAAAUUAAUGGAUGAGAACAAUCCUCCACUAAUGUUGCCAAAUAGCCAUAUUUAUUCAGAGAAGGCACUCAAGGAGCAGGCGAAAGAGAAUAAUGGGUAUGUCAUUUGUCCCAAGACGACUACAAAGUAUCUAUUCGAGAAAUGAACCAAAGUGUAUAUCCUCUAAUAAUUUGAAUU